AGUACACUGCCUGCUCGGUACAAAGCCUCUGGGGAGCAGUAGUUUGCGUCCUGUCCGCGCAGGCGCACUUUUCCACGGCGCCGCCAGGCUGCUCCUUUGUGGUGGCCGUUGUCCUUUUGUGGGAAGCCGGUGGGCUCGCUCGCGUAUCCGUCGGCCAGUCGGGCCAUCUGUCCGUCCGCCCCGGGGCCUGUCUGCCAGCCGCGCUCCGCGCCCGUUGGCUCCGGGCGGCUGAAUCUCAGGCCUGCCUGGCCCCGCGCGCGGUCGGGGCAGGAGUGUGUGACCGGUUGCGAGUGGCGCGGCGAUGGGCUGUGAGCACAGCCGGGGGUGCGGGGCUCCUGCUGAGUCUGCCUGGCCCCGACCUCGGCGAGGCGCGGGGCCGGUGUGACGGUGCAGCCGGCAGUGCGUGUGCGACCCCGCGGGGCUCCCCCACAGGCCGCUGUCCCUGAGCCCCAGGAGCAGGACCCGCUCCUCUGGGCCAGGUGGCUGCAGAGCUGCCCACGCCUCCGGGGGACGCUGCCAAGGGCCACCAUGGAGACCCCUGCCCCGAAGCCCCGGGAGACAGCUCUGUCCUCCCAGGACCCUGCUUUUCCUCUCAAAGAGAAUCCAGAGGCUCAAUGGGGUCAGGGUCUCCCGGAAGCCAGGUCUGAGGAAUCGGUGACUUUCAAGGAUGUGGCCAUAGACUUCACCCAGGAGGAGUGGGGCCAGCUGGACUCUCCUCAGAGGGCCCUAUACCGGGAUGUGAUGCUGGAGAACUACCAGAACCUUCUUGCCCUGGCAGGGCCUCCUGUCUGUAAGCCAGAUGUGAUCUCCCAUCUGGAACGAGGUGAAGAACCAUGGCAGGUGCCCAGAGGAGUCCCUGGAAUGGCUCAUCCAGAAUGGGAGCCCAGGCCUGAGAUGAAGGAGGAUUUGUGUCAGCAGCAGGGCGUCUACAAAGAAGAGCCAUCACAGGAGUUGAUUGUGGAGGGGCUGGCAAGGUCUGGUUUCCACAGCCCCGGUCCAGGCGAUGGGUGGGCCUGGGAGGGCCCAGUGGCUGCUCUGUCGAGAGGCGAGGCUGUGCUCUGGAGGUGCUCGCCCACUGGCUGUGGGGAGGUUUCCACAGAGGAGCACUGGCAGGAACAUGAGGCGUCUGAGGAGGCUUUGCCCCUCAGGUGCACCCUCUCUGCCCAGCAGAGCAAAGGAACUGUCAUUUCUACAGAGGGAGAGUCCCCUGACGGACACACUGAGAAUUUCCAGUCCAGGGAGGCUGUAACCCAGCCCCAGAGAAUGUGCGCAGGGAGAAACAAUUACAAGUCCAGUGAACAUGGAAAACCUCCACCCGCGAACAGGCGUCAGGGUGCUGGUGCCGGGGAGGGUCUCUUCGUGUGUGGCCAGUGUGGGAAAGCCUUCCACCAGAGCUCGUCCCUCACCCUGCACCAGCGAUGGCACGCACGGGAGAAGGCCUACAGGUGUAACGAGUGUGGCAAGGCCUUCACCUGGAGGACCAACCUCAUCGAGCACCAGAGAAUCCACACCGGGGAGAAGCCCUUCCUCUGUGGCGAGUGUGGGAAAGCCUUCAGCUGCCACUCUUCACUGAAUGUGCACCACAGGAUCCACACCGGCGAGAGGCCCUACAAGUGCAAUGCCUGCGAGAAGGCCUUCAGCUGCAGCUCGCUGCUGAACAUGCACCUCCGGGUCCACACCGGGGAGAAGCCCUACAAAUGCAGCGAGUGUGGGAAGGCCUUCAACCAGAGGACGCACCUGACACGGCACCACAGAAUCCACACGGGAGAGAAGCCGUACAAGUGUGACGAGUGCGGGAAGGCCUUCACUUGCCACUCGUCCCUGACCGUGCACGAGAAAAUCCACAACGGAGACAAGCCAUUUAAAUGCGGCGACUGUGCGAAGGCCUUCAAUAACCGCUCACGCCUCACUCUGCACCAGAGGAUUCACACGGGAGAGAAGCCCUUCAAGUGCGGCGAUUGCGGAAAGGGCUUCAGCUGCCACUCCUACCUGGUCGUGCACCAGCGGAUCCACAGCGGCGAGAAGCCCUUCAAGUGCAACGAGUGUGGGAAAGCCUUCAACUCCCACUCCUACCUCAUUGUGCACCAGAGGGUCCACACAGGGGAGAAGCCGUUUGACUGCAGUCGGUGCUGGAAGGCCUUCAGCUGCCACUCUUCCCUCAUCGUGCAUCAGCGGAUCCACACUGGAGAGAAGCCCUAUAAAUGCAGCCAGUGUGGCAAAGCGUUCAGCCAGAACCACUGUCUCAUUAAACAUCAGAAAAUCCACUCCAGGGAGAAAUCCUUUAAAUGUAACGAAUGUGGCGAAAUGUUCAACUGGAGCGCCCACCUCACUGAGCACCAGAGAAUACACAGUGAAGAAAAGCCCUUUGCCAUCCAGUUCAACAAGCAUUUGCUGAGCACGUACUAUGUUCCCAGCAGCCUGCUGGAUGCGAGUGUGAGCAGUGUGGACCCCAUAAACUCCCUGGAUAUGGCAAAGCUCCUGUGUGUGGUUCAGCCCUCAGUCAGCAGGAACUUCCCUCUGGGCAGCAAACCUGGAAAUUAACGUGGUGUGUUUGUCAUCUGGCUUCUUCCCCAGGGUGAAGUGGGAAAGCACAGUGGCGUGUAGGUGCGCCCUCUUAUUAGUGGUCCUCCCCUCCCCGGGAAGGGAUACACUGUAGGAGAGUAGAGUUGAGGGCCAUUUGAGGAUAUCCCAUGGUCCUGUUUCCUUUGAUGAGUUUGGAAGUCACUGACCAGGCGGAUAGAUCUCUCCUGCAGAUAAAAAGGUAUGUCAGUCAUUGUGUUCUCAGGCUCCUGGCAUAAUUCCCAUCAAGAAUUUCAUCUGUGAACUGUUAUGUUUAGCAUAAUAUGAAUUUUUUAAAAAACCAGAACUAUGAACAGUUUUACCUCCAAGCAAACACUAUUAUAUUCCUGGAGGGGAAAAUAAUCUUGGAUGGUGGGAGUUUGGGAAAAUGUGGAUUUCCUGGACUCACCUCACUUAAGUGGCUCUACUGCAGAGUCAUUUGUUAGAGGCGGCACAGACGUCACAGAAGCACAGACCAGCAUCACAGUAGCCAGGUCCUGACAUUCUAGCCUCACUCCUGGCCACCUGGUCCGUGGUGGAAGACUGCGAGCACACAGGCGGUGCCCAGUGCCUCCUGGGAAGAUGGGUGCAGUGUUGGGAUAGACGUGUCUGCGAGCGCACCUUCACCUCAAGCUGGCGCUGCCUGCAGGGCCUCCCCACCCACCGUGUAGUUCAGCUCAUCAGUGCAAGCCCGAGGGAGAAGCCCCACCACCGAGACCGUCCCCAGGCUCCCUGCAGGAACAGGAGGACCGCAUUCAUCUGGAAUUAAUGUUAUUUCUACUCAGUUCUAAGCAAGUACAAGAUGCCUUCUCAGUGAUAAUACUUUACAUUUGUAUAGAGUGCUAUAGUUUAUGAAAUGCUUUUUCGUAUACUUUUUAAAUUAUGGAGACAAAAUAACCACAUUUCAGAAAAUGUGGAAUAAAGGAGAGAAAACACCCAUAAUUCUUAAUAAAACUGCAUUUUGCACUUUGAUACAUUACUUCUGCUUUUUUUCAUAAUGCAUUUUUACAUCACUUUAAACACAGUAGAUAUCAUUUUAAUCUUUCUUCCCCACUUACCUGCAGAGAACUUUUUCCCAAGUGACUGCACUGUUUUUGGAGUCAUAACUCUAGUUGGAAGCAUAUUCUCUUAGAUAUUCUUUUGUUGGAUGUUAAGGUUAUUUCCAGGUUUUUCACUAUUAUAAAUCAUUCUUCAUGGACAUCUUUUGCAUUAUACUUCUUUAGCAUUUUCUUAGAGUAGGUUUCUAGAAGUGAAAAUUUUGAGAUAAAGGAAAUGAAUAGCUUAAGGAAUCCUCUCAGUAUGUUUUCGGUUGUGUGUUUGCAAAGUAAUACUGUUCCGUUAUGAAGAAACCGAUCAGCAGCGCUGUCAUGUAGGAACACCCCUUGCACCCCCGUCUCCUGGACGCAGGCACUGUUCAGAGUGGAUGUCCGGACGGUCUUGGUUCAGGGCAUGGUGACAACACAGCAGUCAACUUGGGUACCUGCUGCUCCAUUGCUUUCUUUCCGAGUGUCUGUGAGUUGGCCUGGCAUUCAUGCGGUCCCCAGGGCCACAUCAUGGCAGUCACGGGCCCUUUCUCCGUGACAAAUAGGAAAAGUUCUAUUUCACAACUACAUUGGGAAAAGACAUAUAUUCUAGGCUUCAUUCAUUAUUGUCAUCCUAAUUUUCCUUUUUACUUUAAAAGAAAAUCAAACCAUCUUUAUGGGUCGUGAAGCCCGUGUCUACUCUGUGCCCUGCAGUGCUGUUGAUGGGCUCAGCUGAGUGGCACUGUUGCUUUACUUCGCUACUUUGAUAACUAAUGAGACUGAAUAUUGAACACAUUUUUAUUAGUCUUUCUUCCUGAAAAUUACUUGAUUCUACCCUUUGGCCUUCUUCCUAUUGGAAUCUUGGUGUUUUUCUUUUAUUUACAUAUAAACUUUCUUUUCUGAUUAUAUGAAUAAUACAGAUGUAUUGAAGAAAUCUGGGGGAGGGGAAAUCAGAAAGUUCUAAGAAUAAAAAUGGCCUCAGUGUUAGUUCAUGGGUCCGUUACCUGGAGAUGCGUUUCCUUCCAGUUUGUUUCUGUGCACAUGUGAACAUGUGCUUUUUCUUUAAAAACAAACUUGAUCCAUACUUAGCAUGUCCCUGUUAUCCUUUCCAUUUAACAUUUUGUGAUGCACAUUUCCAUACUAUAAAAUAUUUUCAAAAACAUUGAUAGCUUCAUCAUUUUCUGUCUUAUAGUUGUAUCAUGAUUUAUCUGUUCCUUUAUUGUUGAACAUCAAGAUUAUCUGUACCUGUAUGCCCAUCUUUGAAUAUUUCCUCAGAAUAAGUUCUUAGAAGUGGAGUUAGGAGCGGAGAUCACUAACUUUGCAAAGCCGUUGGUUCCAGGGUGGACCCAGCGUCUGCGACAGUCGCAGCUUAUACUCUCACAAGGGUCCUGAGAGGGCCAGCUUCUCCACACCUUUGCCAACACUUGGCAUUAUCUUCUCACUUUAAAAAAUACAUAUAUGUCUUUAUUGAUUUCAG